AACUCUCCUGCAGACGCCAGCCUUGCCGCCGCUGCUGCCUUUGCCGCUGCCACCCCUGCUCAGCCUAACUUCCCUGGACUCCCCUACAGGUACAAUCCAGGCAAUCUCAGCCCACCCCCAGCAGCAGGGAUACACCUCUGGGCACCUUUUUCUCAGGAUGUGUUCCCAAAACGAUGGGCUGCAGAGGAGCUAGAGAAGGGUCCGAGAGACACAACCCCCCUCUUUUAUCCGUCCCGGAGGAAAAGGCAGCCAGCGGGUGGUUUUUCCUAAGGACGACUUCAGAACUUUCCCCCCCCUCCUUCCCCCUUCUCCUCCUCCUCCUUCUCGCUGUUGUUAUGUGUCAGCACUUGGCUGAGGACUUCUUGAACUUGCAGAGAAAAUAACUACCCCAAACCCCUUCAAAACUGGUGGCUUUUCAACUGCGGGGAGAAUUUAUUUUCCAUUUACCCUCUCCCCCUCCUGGACCCCCAGCUUCUCUUCCUGGAGACUCCGAUCAUCUCUGCUGCCACCCGGGAAAGGGGGGGCCGCCUCGGCAGGCACCAGGGAGGAGGAACGGAUACAAAAAUCACAGCUUCAAUCUCCACCGCCAGAGAUUUUUCCAUGUGGAGGCUGUUUCAAUGGACGUGCCCCCGUGUGCUUCUUAGUCAAUCGGCAGUCUCCUAAAGGUUGACCAUGGUUGCCGGGAUCCGCUCUCUUCUAGCGCUGCUGCUUUACCAAGUCUUGCUGGGUGAUUCGGCCGGCCUCAUCCCGGAGGUGGGCCGGAGGAAGUUUGCUGAAUCCGGCCGCUCCACACCGCAGCAGUCAGAAGAAAUCCUGAGCGAGUUUGAGCUACGACUACUCAGUAUGUUCGGGCUGAAGCAGAGACCGAGCCCCAGCAAAAACGCGAUCAUCCCCCCCUACAUGCUAGACCUCUACCGCCUGCAUUCGGGCCAACUGGGGGAUCCCACCAUGGACUACCAGCUGGAGAGAGCAACCAGCCGGGCUAAUACUGUCAGAAGCUUCCACCAUGAAGAAUCUUUGGAAGAGCUGCCAGAAACAAAUGGGAAAACAGUCCGGCGUUUCUUCUUUAAUUUAACUUCCAUCCCCAACGAGGAGCUUAUCACCUCAGCUGAACUUAAGGUUUUUCGGGAGCAGGUGCAGGAAGCUUUUGAAAAUAACAGCAAUCACCAUCACCGUAUUAAUAUUUAUGAAAUUAUUAAGCCAGCAACAUUCAUCUCUGAAUACCCCAUCACAAGACUAUUGGACACAAGGUUGGUAAAUCAUAAUGCAAGUAAAUGGGAAAACUUUGAUGUCACCCCCGCUGUGAUGAGGUGGAUUGCACAGGGACAGGCAAACCACGGGUUUGUGGUAGAAGUGAUUCACUUGGAUGAUGACAGAGCAGUCUCCAAGAGACACGUAAGGAUUAGUAGGUCUUUGCAUCAGGACGAUCAUAGCUGGUCACAGAUAAGACCAUUACUAGUAACUUUUGGCCACGAUGGCAAAGGACACCCUCUCCACAAAAGAGAAAAGCGUCAAGCAAAACACAAACAGCGGAAACGCCUCAAGUCCAGUUGCAAGCGACAUCCUUUAUACGUAGACUUCAGUGAUGUGGGGUGGAAUGACUGGAUUGUUGCCCCACCAGGGUAUCAUGCCUUUUACUGCCAUGGGGAAUGCCCUUUUCCAUUGGCUGAUCACCUGAACUCAACAAAUCAUGCCAUCGUUCAGACUUUGGUCAAUUCAGUUAACUCCAAAAUCCCCAAGGCAUGCUGUGUACCAACAGAACUCAGUGCUAUCUCCAUGCUCUACCUUGAUGAAAAUGAAAAAGUCGUGUUAAAGAAUUAUCAAGAUAUGGUUGUGGAGGGAUGUGGGUGUCGUUAGCACAGCAGAAUUUUUAAAAAUAUAUAUUAGACAAAAGCAAAAAAAAAAAAAAACACAAGUUGACACUUUAAUAUUUCCC